UUCUUAAUUCACUCAAAACAAAAAUCUUAAAACCCUAACUAACACACAUCCCUUUAAUUUUGAAACUGCUCUCGAUAGAGAAGAGAAAGAAGACAACGAAGGAAUACUCACAACAAAGACUCCGCGUACGAUCCAUCCACGCAACUACUUCCCUCAUUUCUCAUCAUCGCCUGAAGAAUGUCGGCAACCCGUAGGAUCCGCGGCGAGAAUCGGUUCUACAACCCUCCCCCGAUCAGGAAACUACAACAGGAGCGCGAGAAGAAGAGACUCGAGCAAGAGAAGGCCAAGGCCAAGGAGAUUCUCGAUCGACAGAAGGAGGAACCUUCUUUACCCGCUCCCGACGAGUGCUGCUCCACAUCCGAUUGCUCUGUUCCGGGUCGGGUCGGGUCGAAUUUGGGGCGGUUUCUCGAUUGCACCACUCCCGUCGUUCAGACCCAGUACUUGCCUAUGACAAGCACCAAGGGUUGGAGAACACGUGGACCGGACUUCUGUCCUUACUUCUUGCUUAAUGAUUUGUGGGAUUCUUUCGAGGAGUGGAGUGCUUACGGUGUUGGGGUUCCUCUUCUCUUGAAUGGGAUCGAUUCCGUUGUUCAGUACUAUGUUCCUUAUCUCUCUGGAAUCCAGCUUUACGAGGACACAUCAAGGACAGCUUGUGUAACUAGGAGGAGAGCUGGGGAAGAAAGUGAUGGUGAUUCUUCGCCUAGAGACAUGAGUAGCGACGGAGGAGACAUUUCUCGGAACUUGUACAGAGUCUCUUUGGAGGAGGAGAAACCUUGCUUUGGAUCUUCCAGUGAUGAGAGUGAAGACUCUACUGGUGAUCUCGUCUUUGAGUAUCUUGAGGCUGCCAUGCCAUUUGGCCGUGAACCGUUGACUGACAAGAUAUCAAACCUGUCGUCCCAGUUUCCAGCACUCAGAACGUACAGGAGCUGUGAUCUAUCCCCUUCUAGUUGGGUCUCUGUCGCUUGGUACCCAAUCUACCGAAUACCAUUAGGUCAAUCUUUACAAAACCUCGACGCAUGCUUCUUAACGUUCCACUCUUUAGCAACACCCUCUCGAGGUACUACAAGCAGCAAUGAGAACGGUCAAAGCUCGAUCAAAUCGGUUGGACCAUCGAAGAAGAAGCUUACGUUGCCCACUUUCGGUCUAGCGUCUUACAAGUUUAAGAUGUCGGUGUGGAGUCCAGAGAGCGACGUGGAAGAGAAUCAGAGAGUCGUGGCUUUGCUACGAGAAGCUGAAGAGUGGCUGAGGCGGUUGAAGGUUAUGUUGCCGGACUUUAGACACUUCCUAUCGCAUAGUGGUGGUUCGGCUUGGAGAUGAUGAUUACUUUUAUUAUAAGUCAUUUCUAAAAUCUGAACUAACUAAAAAUAAAAAGAGUGAUACUUUUGAAGGGGACGUGAGAGUUUUGUACAGACAGCAAUAUUACAUUUGUUAUGUUACUGUGGAGGUUUUUUGUUAUGUAAUUGAUACAUAUUUGAAAGCGUUU